AUUUUUAUAAUUAAUUAUGCAAGUUUGACUUUUAAAUCGGAGGGACGGGUGUUAUUUUAAACGAUGAGUAAGUCCAUCAUCGCCUCUGCUGUGGGUCCCCGCAUACUAGCGAGAUGCCGUCGGUGAAAAGCCGAAUGACUCACGACCCUAUUUACGGAGUCGACUCUCCUUUAAAGCCAAACGGUGUGACGUAGUCACCGUGGGUCCGUGUCGCUUCGCUCUUCGCCGUGGUCCGGGGGGAAAUUCGAGACGGCCUCACAAGUCGCAGUCGCGUCGCGCGACGUCCCGCUCCUAGUCCAUAAUUCACGCUCCCAGAAUUCCUCGUGACUGUCAGAAGGUGUGGCAGCCAUAUUUCGUAUAGCCUAUACUCUAUAGGCCAGUAGGGGUCAAGCGAGAGGCUGGCCCUUCUUCUCUCCUCCCUCGUCUCUGUCGCACUGGACGAUGAUCCCUUCGAACGCAACUUGAAUAUCACGGAUGCCCAGAUCUUUUGUCGGGAUCGCGUUUCCUCCGUGUCACCCGCACGACGUCGCCCUUCCUCCGGCCGAAAGUGGAUACAGAUUCGACUUUUUGCGGUUAGCGGAACCUUCAGUCCGUAUGAAUGUUUUUAUUUACUACGAUAUCUAUUAGUGGUCCGCUACAUUUCUAUUUUCGGUCGCUGUUAUUCUCAUCUGUUGCCAAGGAGUGAGCUCGAUAUCCCUCAAAUUUGAUCGUAGAAUCCCCCUUUCUCAGAAGUAGACCUAUGCGAUUAUAAUUUCCACAACGGCGGCCGCAUCCUUUGAUAAGAAUUUCACCUUCAUACUUGGAAUUAUGUAAAAUGUUGCUUCGCAAGUGCCUUGAAGGAGGAAAGAGUUAUUCUGGCUCAAAAAGAUCGAAAAAUGUCAGCUUCUGAACCGAAACCGAACGCCCAAGAAGACUCGAACAAUGUUUCCACAGGGGAGAAGAGGCUUAGGCAAUUGGAGUCACUAUUCCUUGGUGGGCCAAUACUUGGACAGGGUCAAUGCUUUAGCAUUGAGACACUGCUUGACAUCCUCGUCGUCCUCUACGAUGAGUGUUGCAACUCCUCGCUCAGAAGAGAGAAGACUGUUUCGGAUUUCAUAGAAUUUGCAAAACCAGUGGCUGCUUGUGUCAAGUCACUGAGGCUAACACGGGAUGAUUUCGAGGUGAUAAAAGUAAUAGGCCGAGGGGCCUUCGGCGAAGUGUGCGUGGUUAAGAUGAAAGGGUCUGAUAAAGUAUUUGCUAUGAAAAUCCUAAACAAAUGGGAAAUGCUCAAGAGGGCGGAGACUGCUUGCUUUCAGGAAGAGAGAGAUGUGCUCGUUUUUGGAGAUAGGCGGUGGAUCACUAAUUUGCAUUAUGCUUUUCAAGAUGAAAACAAUUUGUAUUUAGUUAUGGAUUAUUAUUGUGGUGGAGAUUUGCUCACAUUGUUAAGUAAGUUUGAAGAUAGGUUACCUGAAGAUAUGGCAAAAUUUUACAUAGCAGAAAUGGUAUUAGCGAUAUCCUCCAUACACACCCUAUGUUAUGUCCACCGAGAUAUCAAACCCGAUAACGUUUUAUUGGAUGCAAACGGGCACAUAAGGCUUGCAGAUUUCGGCUCUUGUUUAAAACUUUUUGAUGACGGAACUGUCCAGAGUAAUGUCGCCGUUGGAACUCCUGACUACAUUUCACCUGAAAUAUUAAGGGCAAUGGAGGAUGGACAAGGCCGGUACGGUCCCGAGUGCGAUUGGUGGUCCUUAGGCGUUUGUAUGUAUGAGAUGUUGUAUGGUGAAACGCCAUUUUAUGCUGAAUCUCUUGUCGAAACUUACGGGAAAAUUAUGAAUCACAAGAACUGUUUUGAUUUCCCUGGAGGUUUAGAUUAUGAAGUGUCCGAAGAAGCCAAAGAUCUAAUGAAGCAUUUAAUUUGUAGUUCUGAAUUCCGACUUGGUCAGAAUGGUGUAGAUGAUUUUAAAAAUCAUAUGUGGUUUGCCGGAAUUGAUUGGGUUGCAAUACGUGAAAGUAAAGCUCCUUAUAUCCCAGAAGUCAGCAGUCCAACUGAUACUUCAAAUUUUGAUGUGGAUGACAACGACAUACGAUGUAGUGAUGCAGUGCCUCCAAGUGCCAAUGUUGCCUUUUCCGGUCUCCACCUGCCAUUUGUUGGAUUCACUUUUACACAGGGAAGUUGUACCAGUGAUCUUGCCAGUCUUCCCCUUCCUUCUGAAUCCUCAUCUGACCACUCCCUUCUUAAAAAGGUCCAUUCUUUAGAACAGGAAAAUAUGGUACUCAACAAAGCACUGACAGAUUUAAAAUCAAGAAACAUGUCUGAGGUCGACGGUGCAAAGAGGGUUUCACCUACUGGUGAUGGCAGUCCUGGUGUAAGAAGAUUGCAGGAUGAAAUCAACGUGCUAACUAAAAAGAAUUCUGAGCUUGAGACAUUGCUUACACAACAAGAGGCACAACCGGGAGAUGGGAAAUUAGUCGAUCCCACUCAUUCAGUACAAAAAAUUAAAGAUUUGGAAAAAUCCAUUAGAAUGAUUAAGCAAGAGAAAGAAGAAGCUGUCAAGGAUAAGUUCGAUUUUCAAGAGAAGCUUAAAAUGCAAGAUAAAGAACUGAAAGAUGCACUGAGCCAAAGGAAACUUGCAAUGGCAGAAUAUUCGGAAGUAACAGAUAAGAUGCAAGAGCUCAGGGUACAAAAAACUAAACUUUCUCGACAAGUCCGUGACAAAGAAGAAGAGUUGGAAGUUGCGAUGCAGAAAGUUGAUUCUCUCAGGCAGGAUUUGAGGAGGGCUGAGAAGCUGAGGCGUGAACUGGAGGCCAGAGUCGAAGAUGCAAUUGCUGAAACUUCAAAAGAACGAAAAUUAAGAGAAAGGAGUGAAGAGUACUGCAGACAAUUGGAAUCGGAAACAGAAAGGUGGAGGGGUAACCAGAGAAAAGACAUAUCCACCGACUUAUCUUCUUCCCAGACUCAGCUGACCACACAGGAAAUUUCAAGGCUGAAAGAAGAGGUUGAAAAGUUAGAAGUGCAAUAUAAAGAAAGUCUACAACAACAGCAGGGUAGGUUUAAUCUUGAAAUAUCAGCCCUUCGCGAACAGCUACAUGAAGCGGAAUCAGCCAGGGAUUUACUGCAAAGAGAGGUUCAAUCUUUCAAGGAUAAAUUAGAUUCCACUAGGCUUGAAAAUCUUACGGAUAGUGAAGAAGCCUUGUCAGAACAGGCAAGAAGGCACGACAGAGAGAAAAUCAUGCUUCUAGAAGAAAAUAAAAAACUUGUGAUGGAAGUUGAUAGCCUAAGCGAAAGGAUAAGCCAAGUUCAGUCCGAGAGAACUCAAUUGGAAGAGGAUUAUGAAGAGCUGAGGAAUAAAAAAGAAGCAAUUGCUCAAUGGGAAGCGCAAAUAUCUGAAAUCAUACAAUGGGUCAAUGAUGAAAAAGAUGCUAGAGGGUAUUUACAAGCAUUAGCCACAAAAAUGACAGAAGAGUUAGAAUUCCUCAAACAUGCCGGGGCUGCUAAUGUUUCAAAUACUGACAAAAACUGGAGGAACAGAAGAAGCCAGAAACUCGAAAAGAUGGAAUUACUCAAUCUCCAAAGCAGCUUGCAAUCCGAAAUUCAAGCAAAGACGGCCAUAAGUGAAGAAUUAAGCAAAACACGAUCCGAUUUGAUAGCGUCUCAAAAGGAAAUGAGGGAAUUCCGGCAAAGGUUUGAGAAUCUGACCCAUGAGCUUAAAAGGAAAGAAAUGCAGAUUAAAGAACUACAAGGGCGAAUUGAUUCUGGAGACGGGUUCUUGGAGCGUGCUUCGUCCCAGAUGUCCUACCUUGGUGCAUUUCUUAAUAAGGAAGCUACAGCUGGUUCUGUGGAAAGUGACGACGCAGACAUAGAGGAUAACAGAGCUCCUUCGAUAACAAGUAGCAAGUCUAAUUUAUCUGAGAUAAGCAUUGGAGCAAUGGGCCAUACACUUCCACCCAAGCCAAAGUCUCAUCAGUUCUUGAUAAGAACUUUCAAUUCCCCGACGAAAUGUUCCCACUGUACGUCUCUUAUGGUAGGCUUAACAAGACAAGGCGCAGUCUGUGACGCAUGUGGCUUUACAUGUCAUUCUUCGUGUUGUAUGAAAGUACCUCCAAUCUGCCCCGUACCACCAAACCAAAGUAAAAGGCCAUUAGGGAUAGAUCCCACGCGUGGCAUUGGCACGGCUUAUGAAGGUUAUGUGAAAGUUCCCAGGAUGGGUGGUGUGAAGAAAGGUUGGGCAAGAAAGUUUGUGGUUGUCUGUGACUUUAAGUUGUUCCUUUAUGAUAUAUCCCCGGAUAGAAAUGCCUUACCUUCAGUUUAUGUUUCACAAGUGUUAGAUAUGCGUGAUGAACAUUUUCUAGUUACUAGUGUGGGUGAUUCAGAUGUGAUACAUGCUACUAAAAAGGAUAUACCCUGCAUAUUUAGAAUAACUACUUCUUUAAUGGAUCCUCCUGGUAUUAAAAAUCAUACUUUGAUGUUGGCGGAUUCGGAAAGUGAAAAAAAUAAAUGGGUGGUUGCUUUAACAGAACUUCAUAGGAUUUUGAAACGAAACAACCUUCCCAAUACAGCAGUUUUCCAGGCGAAAGAGGUGCUUGACAAUACGCAAACGUUUAUCAAGAACACAAUGUCAGCGACAAUUGUCGAUCCGGAUCGUCUAGUCAUUGGAACGGACGAUGGUCUGUUAUGUUUAGAUCUUGAUCGAAGCGAAGUCGCCCGAAUCGGCGAAAACAAGAAAGUGUAUCAGGUUGAACUGGUGCUGGAUGAGCAAGUUGUCAUAGUUGUUGCUGGAAGGCAGAGACAGGUGAGACUUGUGCCUGUCAGAGCCUUAGAUGGCCAUGAAGUCGAGUGGAUCAAAGUUGCUGAAACAAAAUCAUGCAUCACAUUCUGCACUGGUGUAAUGUGCCAUGCUCCUCAACCAAUUUACUGUCUGUGCGUAGCUAUUAAACGACAGAAUACUUCUCAAAUAAUAAUAUAUGAAAUUACGAGGACUAAAAGCAGGCAUAAGAGGCUUAGGGAAGUUAUGCUUCCAACUCAAGCUCACUGUAUGCAAAUUUUUGCUGACGGUAGACUUUGUGUUGGUUACCAAGCUGGAUUUUCAGUAUACUCAAUUCUUGGAGAUCAUCAUCCUGUUUCGUUGAUUCAUGCUGACAAUCCUCUUCUUGGUUUCCUCGCAUACAGCGGUGUAGAUGCAAUGCUAGCUGUAGAACUUGGACACGGAGAAUACCUUCUCGCUUUCCACACCCUAGCCAUUUAUGUGGAUAGCCAGGGUAGAAAAUCGAGAGAUACAGAAAUUAUGUACCCAGCAAUACCUCUGGCAAUAACAUACUGUGAUGGGCAUUUGUUAGUGUAUUCAGAUACCCAUAUUGAUGUUUUUAAUGCAAGUACUUCUCAUUGGGUUCAGACAAUAAAUGUUAAAAGGGCUCGUCCUUUAAAUACUACAGGAACAGUGAGCAUGUGCACUAUUAAUGACAUGACACAUAUCAUUCACAUUUCAAAUAUUCAUCAAUGUGAGUUGUUAAAUAUAACAAUAUACGAUUCAAAUGGAAGAAUGGUAGCAAAACCAAGAAGGAAAUUUUCCCUACGGGAAGGUCAUAGAAUAGCAAGAGGGCCUGAUAGAAGAUCUAAGAUGAUAUCAGCCCCUACCAACUUUAAUCACAUAUCACAUAUGGGCCCUGGUGAUGGCAUACAAAUUCAACGGCUGCUUGAUCUUCCAACAACAAUAGAAACAGCAGAUCAUCAUCAUCGUACAUUGAGCACCGGUUCUUCUGGAAAAGUACCUCCUCAGCAGUUACCAAGGAUUCCUCCCCAUCAUCCUCCAAGGACUCCACAUCAGUACAAUUCCCAAAAUGGUGUGAAUAUGCGGAGAGCUCCGGCUCCGCCCAGGCCGACUGUAACGCCCCCAGCUCUCCCAAGGACGCCCGAUGUUCAUGAUGAACUUUCUCUUAUCCACCAUGAUAUGCAGAAGGAUGGUGCAGGAAUGAUGGGAAGCCCAAGACAUUCUAUAGCCUCGAACAACAGCAGCAACCCCAGCACACCUCCGAGCCCAGGUAGGGACCAUGGAUCAUCAAGCUACGAUUCUUAAUACCGCGUUUAGCCAAUAGUUUUUAAGGGAAAACAACGUUAUUUAAAAAUAGCCUAUUAUCCUCAAAAAAUUUGUAAUGUGUGUUUUGCGCGCGUGUGGGUCAUUUACCAUGAAUUUGACUAAUGUAUUUCCCAUUUAUUAUCCUUUUGUAGAUAAUGUGUAUAUUUUUAUUUAUGUAUAGAAACAUAUAUAACCUACAAAAUGAUACACUGAUAGAAUAUAAGUGAUGUGCUUCAAAGCGAAGUUAUCCCCUUAACCCAUAAUUUUGGGUUUGUCUGAAAGGGAGAGCACAGUGAUAACAAGUGUUGUUGGCCGUUGUGAAAGUAUUAAGACCAUGUAGUAUAGAUGCACAUAUUAUUUAGUUUUAAGAUAACCGAUUACCUGAAUUAUAUAUAAAUAAUAUAUUUAUCAUGAUGAAAUACGAAUAACUUGUAAAUAAAUUAGUCUUUUUAAUUUUUUAACUAUAUAACUUAUUAUUUCAUAUAACUUUCUUUUAACUUUCAUUUUCUGCUCUAAGUUACUCAUUGGAUAUGCUGAAUUUUAUACGUAAUCAAGGCCUGAAUCGCACUGAUAAAAACUAAUUAUCUAUUGAAUAAAAAUCAGUUUAUUUCAUUAAAAUCGUGAGUGGAAAAUAUCAGAUAUUUCUUUCAUAUUCUGCAUUGCUCGAGAUGUACAUAGAUAUGGCUGUGUAAAAAUGUUUUUACAAAAUGACAUAUAGUCGUAUUGACAAUACAAUUAAAAUGAGUUCUGCACAAAAUCUUUUCUCUGUUUAAUAUUUGGUACAUGUUUGUAAGGCUGCUUAAAGGAAUAAUAUAUGUAUAAAUAGUGGAAAGCUCUCUUCUAAAGUCUUUAUUUAUUUGAAAGGUGUCCUUAUUUAAAACAUUUUUAUACUGUUUUUCUUGUGCUUAAUGUAAUCCACUUAGAUGUCUGAUUCAGUUAAUUUUAAGCAACAUUGUCAUUUUGAUCAGAUCACUAUUUCAUAUUAAAUCACAAUUGACAAAAUAUUCUUUCAAAUAAUCCAAUUGUAUAAUAGGUACAACGAAUUUUUUCCCCAUAUUUGCAAUGAAUGUUACCAAAAUAAAUAAAUGUUGCAUUAGACAUAUGAAAUUGAUGAAAAAAUGGCUGUUUAUAUGAAUUGAUUUAUACUGCUGUUAUGGAAAUACAUCACAAGUGCAUUUUUUCAUUAAAAAAUAUAUUUAAGAAAAAAUUAUAUAUCAAUAUAACAGGGGCAAUUAAAAGCACAUAUUUUCGUGCAAAACAACCAAAGGGACAAAGUACUUUUUAACUUCUUGAGCGAUUUUUAAAAUUGUAUGUCCUUUGUUUUAUUUGUAUAAUUAGAUGUAGUAACUAAAAUUCAUUUGACAAGGGAAAUAAUAAGUGCUUGGAGAAAAUUUGUACUGCAAAAAUUAAUGUAGACAAAAUAUUUAUUAAAAGUUUUUAUAUAGAAGAUUAAGAGUGAUAGGUUCCUGCUUUUAUGCAACAAUAUUAAAAAAAAAUAUGCACGAAAAUGUACUUUUGUAUAUAGAAGUGUAUUUAUAAGAUCUAAAUUAACAAUUAAAAUGAAAAUUUUUAUUAGACAAUUCUGCUCAAGUAAUCAUGAUUAUACUUCCACUGUUGUUGAACUUUAAUAAAAAUUAAUAAAAAAAUUAGAUAUAAUGUAAUUUGAUAUACCGUACUUGUAAGGCAAUCUCACCAGUCAGUUAUUCAAAAACCCAUGAAAUUGCAAUAAUAGAAAUUAAGUAAUUAAAAAUGUCAUUAUGUAGAUAAUGAAUAAAUCCAUUUGUUUAGUCAAUUGUAAGAAUUGACUUCUUUAUAUAAAUUUAUAUAUGAUUUUUUGUAUAGUUUCAAACAUUUUCAACAACCAAGUUGUGCCAUUUUAUUUUUAACACAGAAAUUUGUCAUGAAAUUUAUACCAGUUUAAUUAUUGGUUUGUAGUGGACACUGAGCAGGCUUUAAGGAAACAUCUUCCCUUAUAACAUCAUCUAGUUAAAAACCUAGAUUUGUUAUUACACAUUUUGUACAAAGUUAAUCGGUACCUACUGUAUGC